CCAUUUUGGUUUACGAACUAGCCUGCGACCCGCAGGGGUCCUCACCCCCUCCCUUCCUCCUCUUAGGUGUCUUCAUAAAAUGCCUGUGGAGAACCCCCUCUUUUUUCCCUCCGCUCCCAAGAUGGCGUCGAUGCGGGAGAGCGACACCGGCCUGUGGCUGCACAACAAACUGGGCUCCACGGACGAACUGUGGGCGCCGCCGAGCAUCGCCUCGUUGCUCACGGCGUCGGUGAUCGACAACAUCCGCCUCUGUUUUCACGGCCUCUCCUCGGCCGUCAAGCUGAAGUUGCUGCUAGGGAUGCUGCACCUGCCCCGCCGGGCGGUGGAUGAGAUGAAGGGGGCACUGACUGAAAUUGUCCAGCUCGCUACCUUGGAUUCAGACCCCUGGGUCUUAAUGGUAGCUGAUAUUUUAAAAUCCUUUCCAGAUACUGGCUCCCUUAACCUUGAUCUUGAAGAGCAGAAUCCCAAUGUUCAAGAUAUUUUAGGAGAACUUAGAGAAAAAGUAAGUGAAGGUGAAACAUCAGCUAUGUUGCCGUUGGAAUGCCAGUACUUAAACAAAAAUGCCUUGACAACACUAGCGGGGCCACUUACCCCCCCAGUCAAACACUUCCAGCUGAAAAGGAAACCUAAAAGUGCCACUCUCCGAGCUGAACUCUUGCAGAAGUCGACAGAAACUGCUCAACAGCUCAAGAAGACUGCAGGAGUGCCUUUUCAUGCCAAGGGCAGGGGACUGGUCAAAAAGAUUGAUACAACAACACCACUCAAAGGAAUACCAAAACAAGCUCCAUUCAGGAGUACUUCAGCACCUAGUGUAUUUAACCCUUCUGGAAACAGAAAUCCUAUUCCUCCUUCAAGAACGCCUUUGCGUAAAGAAAGAGGAGUAAAGCUUUUAGAGUUCUCUGAGCUGGAUAUGGUAGGUGCUGGCCGUGAAGCAAAGAGAAGAAGAAAGACAUUAGAUACAGAAGUGGUGGAAAAGCAAGCCAAAGAAGAAACGGUAGUAGAAAAUGCUACUCCAGAUUAUGCUGCUGGCCUCGUGUCUACACAGAAACUUGGCUCACUGAACAAUGAGCCAGCACUACCUUCUACAAGUUAUUUACCUGCUACUCCCAGUGUGGUGCCAUCUUCCUCAUACAUCCCGAGUUCUGAAUCACAGCCAGCUGGCUCUGCACGAGAGGCCUUGCAGACUAACAGGCAGACUGAAGAGCCUGCAGCUCCAAAUGCUACCACAACUCUUCCUGCGCAAUUCAAGCAAAGAACUCCCAUGUACAACAGUAACUCGAAUCCACCUGCAACUACACCUACCUCACCCCUCACACCUACCACACCUCCUGCCAUCUCCCCUGCGGCACAAGCACCACAAGUGGCCCCUCAAACUCAACAACAGCCACCACCGAAAAAAAGCCUCUCUCUUACAAGGGAGCAAAUGUAUGCUGCACAGGAAAUGUUCAAGACUGCAAACAAAGUUACAAGGCCAGAAAAGGCUCUUAUACUUGGAUUCAUGGCAGGAUCCAGAGAGAAUCCUUGCCAAGAGCAAGGUGACAUCAUUCAGAUUAAGCUUAGUGAGCAUACAGAAGAUUUACCAAAGGCAGAUGGCACUGGCAGCACCACUAUGUUGGUUGAUACAGUCUUUGAAAUGAACUAUGCUACUGGUGAAUGGACCAGAUUCAAGAAGUACAAACCUAUUACUAAUGUUUCUUAAGAGUUGCAGCGACAGCAGACUGGACCAAAUCAAGCUUAGAGUCAACCAGCUCAUAGAGUAUGUCAACUGUACAAAAUGGCAUUUGUGUACAUUUAUUACCCUCCAGCAUAGAAGCUGUGGCUCUUCAACCUAACUGGGCUCAGUGAAUGCAGAAGAAGAUGGUGUUGAAUUUACUUUUUUCCUUUUUUUAUUAUCUGGAAAAGGUGAUUUGAGGGAGGAAGUGGUUGGUGGCUUUUUAUUCUGUUCUUUUUUUUUUUUUUUUAAUGCAAUUUAAGAUGCUGGAAGAGGAGAGGAGAUCACAACAGAAAGAUUAAAGAUGGGAGCAGUUUACUUCUGAGUACCUGAAGAGAAGACUACUGCACAGUCAUUCACAGUUUACCAUUUAAACAAGGGCACAGAUCUUUAUUUUUUAAAGAAACUAUUUUCUUUGACUACAUGGGUUCCAUGAGCACAUGGAAGCACACAUGGGUGCUUUAUUUUGUAAUUCAGGUGCAGUACACCUAAAUACUGCAGGUGAUAGAUACCUAGUGUCUAAUGGUACCCACUGUAUGUUCAGCUCAUUUAUUCUUGAGGCAUAGGAUGGGAUUGAGUAUCUUUAAUUUGCUACAUUGUCUAUGUCCAUACACAGCAUGAGUUAACCUAUGUUUGGCAUUACUUGAGAUCAAGAAAAACUGAAUAUCAUAGUUUUCUGAUGUGGGAAAAAAUAGCAAAACCAGGGAAAAAUUGAAAGGAAGCAGUGGGCUGCUGCUGUGUGGAAAUCAUAGUUCUUUGCCAUGUCAUUUUUAGGGUAAAAGCUUAUCAAUGGCUAUUGCAUGCCAAGUCCUUCAAACAGCCUGGGAGGAAACAAGGCUAGAACAUAUCAAUACUGAUUGCAGCAUUUUUGUUUUUUAAAUGGCCCUGGAGAUGGUUGCAUCAACCAAUCUCUGAAUAAGAUGAUUAGGAGGUGGUGGUAAAGUAUGGUUGGUUGGGCAGUCAUAAGGUGCUUGAUUACCUUAUCCAAAAAGUUCAGAAUGAGUAUAGCUGUGGUUCCUACCUGUGUAGUUAUCAGUAUAAUCAUUAAUGUGGCUGCAGUUAUUCUGGCAUAUAAAUGUGCCUUAGGUGUAUCCCCUUCUAGUAGAAGCACAUUUUGAUCUUUGUAACACCAUUAGUUUCAGCUGUCCUUAAUUGUUCAAGUAUAGCUUGCAUUUAUUGCGAGGGAUUGUGUACAUAGUUCAGGAUUCAUUGUUUGGAGCCUUGUUUGCAUUCUUCGGGGGAGACUUGGUUUAAAUGUCUGGUUUCUGCCAGUGCUUGUGUGUAGAGCUGUGCUUAGUUGGGAAUGGUGCUUGGAAGGAAGAAGUACAACACAGCGCAGUGGGUUUUCUGCUGCUGAGAGGGUACCUUAGGCUGACUGGAGGUUCAUGUUAAAGUGGGACUCGUAGGACAAAAUGAGGCUUUUCUCUUUUUUUUUUUUUUUUUUUUAAAAAAAAAAAAAGAAAGCAGACCAAAUCCCUUCAGUACACGUAACAUAAUAAGAUGUUUAGGUGAUUGUUUAGAAUAUUUUGUAUUGGACAAUUUUUAUUGCGUUUUUAUUUUUAGUUUCUCAAAAUAAUUAUCCAACUGAAGAGGGAAAGUGUAAGUGAGAAGAGAAUCUAUAUUUACAGCAUUUUAAAAUGUGACCAAAGUUAUAGAUUCCUUCAUUUUAUUUGAGCAAAUAGACAGUGUUCUAGCUCCUGUAGUGGGCAGGUCAUUUAAUGGCAUCUGCUUACGUUACGGAGUGUUGUGCAUGUUCUAGUGUGAACGUUAGGCUCCUCAUUUCACCAUCACGCUGGGGGCUCUCCUCCACCUCUUAUUAGCCCGUUUCAGAAGCAGUGCAGAUUGUGAUUCUGAUAGUGUUUUUUCCUGUAAGCAGCUAGAGACAGGCCUGACAAGUGAGGAUUAGUAGUGGGCUCUAGUUUUUAGAAUGAGUUCAGUAAAAAUGCAUUUUCAUGGCUGUAACUUAUUUGAUUAUAUCUUGCACAGUAAGGGCUAAUAGUAGAAUAUGAAGGUAUUCAUCUUUUAAAGUAAAGGUUUAAAAGAAAGUAACAUUCCUUUUCUUGUCUGCAUUCAGAUUUUUAAAGGUUUUUUUUUUUUUUUUUGAUGACCAUUUUUCUUUAAACAUGUAUAAUAAUUGUCUUAAAUGUUCCUACUUGCUAAACUGCAAGUACCAAAUACAAUUUUAGAAUAAAUGUUUUAGAAAAUUGGCUGACUUGAGGGGUGUGCACUGUUACUGUAAACUGCUCAUUUGAGACCCUUUGCAGUUCGGUAGUGAGAAGCAGCUGCUGUGUGAUGACUGAGCUUUCUUGAGAUCAGUGGAGGUGCUUCACUAACCCUGUAGUCUGCACAAGUCUGUAUUUCAACCUGUCGUGCUGGGAUGGAAGCAGCCGUCCCUUCAAGAAGUCACUGUAGAAUAAAUUUGAGUCAUCUGAACGCAGAUGGUGUUGGAAGCCUACCGUGCUGCUACCAGGUCUUAUUUGCUGUGUAACAAAGUUGAUCUGCAGGCCUGCUUGAAGUCAUGCCCAAUAUAUUGAAAUUUUAAGCAGAAGCAUAGUAUAUUUUUAAUUGUUAGGUUAUUGGGAUGAGACGGCGCUGCAAAAUAAUUUAUUUUUAAAAGCGACUUUAUGACACUCAACACUAUAGCAUUACUGCAAGUUGAUUUGUGAAUCUUGAAAGGGUUCUUAAAUGCCUAAAGAAAGGGAAGAUUUUGCAAUGUUAUGGUAAGAAGUGAAACUACAUGGAGCUCUUUGAUCUGGAGAAAAUGUAGUGUGCCAGGCAAUUCAGACAGGGCAACGCCAGCAUCUGAAUUCCAGUGUAAUGGAAUUGCUGCAGACAGAACACUCUGGCCUUGGAACUUGAUAUUUUUUUAAUCUUCAAUAUUCAGUCACUUGGCUGUGAGCUGGAUUCUAUACAGUGAUGCUCAGCGUGUGCUGCAAAACUAAACAAAAACUCUUGCUGACUGCAGAAUGAUGUGCGGUGUACUAACCGAAUGGCUGCAGGAGUAGUUGUGGGUUUUCUUACUUCUGUGUUCUUUCCCUUUGCCCAAGCAUGAAGCUUUAGGAAACAGCAAGCCCAAACUUCCUAAGCGUGUUACUGGACCUCAGCAAGGCAGGAUGUCCCAUUUUCUUGUCUUUGCUUGUAAACAAGCACCUGUGAGCAUGUCAGGGCACAAAAUGAACACAAUGUGGCUUGUAGCAAUGAAAGUGGCUUUUUUUUAACCUGUCCUGUCCAAGUGUGUUAGGUGGGGGAUGGAAAGAACACAUACACACACAUACAGGCUUCUUAAGAACUUGCCCUACAAAGUCCUAGGUUUCUUCAGGCUCCAUUUUCUUCAAGAGUGAGGACUUGAAAGUGAAAUGAGUUUAAUGAAGGUGAGCCCAAGGAGGAUGUUGAGCAAGAGUACCGAUUACAGAUUCCUUCCUCCUCCUUUUUCCUGCUCUAGUGCUCUGUAGUUCUCUCCGUACAAUGCUAUUGAGACUUUGUGUGGUUAACACUCUUGUGUUGGGCCAGUGUUCUGUGGGUUAACUUCAUUUUCCACUGGUAGCUUUGCUGGUUAAUCUUUCAGUUAAAUGCCAUAGGAUACUGGAUGCGAUGAGGGGGAACUUUUGGUGGUUGCUCAAUACCUCUGUGUGAAAUUGGUAAUAUCACUAAAUGAUGUCUAAGUGCAAACUGUUGUCUAGAUAGAAGCUUGAAACUUUGACAUCAUACAGUUUAAGAGUGAAUCACAUUCUCAUAGUGUAAUCUGACUGGAAAAGACUAAAAAAUGUUAAGCCAGAGCCCUCUGGGAAUCUGGUGCCUUUAACAAGAAAUGUCAUUUUGUGAAAUGUUACAUCUAUUGCAUAGUCUGUAUGUUUUCUAUUGUUUUGGGUUUUUUUUGUACAGUUGUAAAUUCAAAAUAUUCUGUCUUUGGGUACGUAUUUUCAGUGUAAUACAGUAUGUAUAAUAAAAAUUUAGAUUUUCUAUGGAAGCAAA